CACAACCGGUCUAUGGUUGGUGCUGGCUUGGAUUUCGGGCCGGUUCGAGAUAAACUUGAAGGUACACUUAUAUCAAUCUUGACAAUACAAAAAGAUUUAUUUGCAUCUGUAACUCCAAAAGAUAAUCAGAAUGACUACUGGAGCAGAUGUCCGGGAUAUACUUGAACUGGGCGUCCCAGAAUCAGAAAACAUAGGAACUAUUAAUAAGAAAGACAUCAUCAAUUCUGAUAAGAAAAAAUCCAAGAAAUCAUCAGAGACCCUAACAUUUAAGAGACCAGAAGGAAUGCACCGAGAGGUCUAUGCACUUUUGUAUUCUGAAAAAGUAAGUGGAUGCACCCCUCUUUUACCAAGUGACACAACACAGGGUUAUCGUACAGUGAAGGCAAAACUUGGUUCCAAGAAAGUGAGACCUUGGAAGUGGAUGCCAUUCACAAACCCUGCUAGAAAGGAUGGUGCGAUGUUCUACCACUGGAGAAGGGCGGCAGAAGAGGGCAAGGAUUACCCUUUUGCCAGAUUCAACAAAACAGUACAAGUUCCAGUCUAUUCAGAGCAAGAGUAUCAAAUGUACCUUCACGAUGAUGCUUGGACAAAAGCCGAAACAGACCACCUAUUUGACUUAUCACGACGCUUUGACCUCCGUUUUGUGGUCAUUCAUGACCGCUAUGAUCACCAGCAGUUCAAAAAACGGUCAGUAGAAGACCUAAAGGAGCGUUAUUAUCAUAUCUGUGCAAAGUUAGCCAAUAUUCGUGCAGCUCCAGGUACAGACCUGAAAAUCCCUGUCUUUGAUGCUGGCCAUGAGAGGCGCCGGAAGGAACAAUUAGAAAGGCUGUACAACCGAACACCAGAACAGGUGGCAGAAGAAGAAUAUCUAAUCCAGGAAUUGCGGAAUGAAGCUAGGAAGAAAGAGAGGGAGAAGCGGACACAAGAUUUGCAAAAACUCAUUACAGCUGCUGACACAACCACUGAACAAAGACGUGCAGAGCGCAAGGCACCUAAGAAAAAGCUGCCACAGAAAAAAGAGACUGAGAAACCUGCUGUCCCUGAAACAGCUGGCAUCAAGUUUCCAGAUUUCAAGUCUGCUGGUGUUACGCUGAGGAGUCAAAGGAUGAAACUGCCAAGCUCCGUGGGACAGAAGAAGAUUAAAGCCUUGGAGCAGAUGCUGAUGGAACUCGGAGUAGAUUUGAACCCGAUGCCGACAGAAGAAAUAGUUCAAAUGUUCAAUGAGUUGCGCAGUGAUCUGGUGCUACUAUACGAGCUCAAGCAAGCCUUUGCAAACUGUGAAUAUGAGCUGCAGAUGUUGCGCCACCGCUAUGAGGCACUAGCCAAAGCAGGUAGCACAGGACCUAGCACAGACGGUGGCUUACAUCCUGAUGGACAGUCAGGCUUGUGCACAGAAGAAGGCAAAGGUGACAGCAAGGAGCAGAUCAUUGAUGUGGUGGGAGCACCCCUCACACCUAAUUCGAGAAAGCGCAGGGAAUCUGCUUCCAGUUCCUCAUCUGUCAAGAAGGUGAAGAAGCCAUGAGUAGCAUGAUGAUCCAAAUUCAGGAUCUUGGAGGAUCAAGUUACUGACUGCAGGUGCAAGGAGGAUAUGUCUCCCCAUACUGUAGUAGGGACCAUUAUGUUGAAGGACUUUGUUUGCCCUUACUUACAUCAGGAAGAAUGGUGUUUACUGCCAUUGUACAGAAGAGUCAAGCUCAAAAUCCUGAAUUGAUUGUUGCUGUGAUUUUAUUGUAUAUUUUGCCUAUUCCUGAGCUUUGUAAAUGAUGUAAUAUAGAAUCCACAAUCUCUUGUUCCAGAAUCAUAGUCAUUGAGAGGGAAGGGCAUGAGGAUAGACAUGCUACAAUGGGCAUGGGAUGUGCAUCACGUUAUCAAUGGAGAAAACUGAUCUCUGGUUGAGCAGUAAUCCCAACUGCCUCCUCCCAUUCUCAUAAAGUUGGCAUAUGUUUCUGUGGCUUAGCAGGGCAGCUUACAGGAUACUCACAACCUAAAUUGUUCUCCCAAGGUUUCAACUUGUUAAAAAAUCUAGUGCUUCAAAGCAAGGAAUUUUUACCCCCUUGACAGUUAGAUGAGGCAAAUGUACAUUGCAAUAACAAUUAUUUUUAAGAACAUUCUCUGCUGGACUGAGAGAGACUCCUUUUUCUAUUAUAGCACCUACUAUCUGUCAGAUUAGUGUAUAAGUACCUUUAGUAAAACACUGGUUCAGCCAUUUCUAACUCCAUGUCCUCCAAGUGGGUUGGGAUUUCCAAUCAGUAUAAAAUAAUUGUUCUUAAGGAUCCUCAUAGCACAAUCCUUCCUAUUUGCUUAGAAGCAAAUCCAUGUUCUGCAUAGUUAUUGAGAAAUGUGAAGAUCUCAUAUUUAUUGUAAUGCUGUUGAUGGCCCAGUUUUUGUUUGUACCAUCUAGAAGGGCUGUCCGAUAUGACAGUUGGGUCAGCUCCGUUGAACAUUUGAAGCAAUGAGCUAAAUGAAUGCUGGCAGUUUUAAAAAAGCAUUAUUAUCCCAUAGUUGGGAGUAGAUUUCGUUGGGAGAAUUAACUGAGGUGAGACCUCCAAGCCAGAAAUGUAUAUAGAAUAAGAAGUCAAGUUAUCAGAGAAGUUCUUUGAAAAACUACUAAUGGUAUUUUCUUAGAAGAAUAAAUUAUGCAAAAUAGAAAACACCUGUAUUUAUGCAUAAUAUAUAUGGAUCAAAGAAUUCUAGUUUGUUACCAACACAGAAUAUACUCAGGAUAUUCUUUGGAAAUCGAGGAACUCACGAUUGUGAUUUAGCCCUUAGCAAUACGAAAGUCAAAUAUUUAGUAAUAAAUCAAACUAUAGACUAUUUAGUAAUAAAUCAACACUAUAAACUAUGCCCGAAUUGCUAUGCCUGAAAAGCUACCUCCAACUUUCUGACUCUUUAAUGGUUCAAUGUCCCUGUUGCUACAUAGAAAGCUGCUUCCUCCUCUUUUGAAUAUUCAUCUUCUUUCAGAUACAUGUCAAAAGAGGACUAUGACACCCCUGGCCUGCAGCUGUCAGGCCUAACUCAUGUGCUUGCCUCCUUUUCCCCUCAAGUGCAACCAGGAAUCAAUAGUGCAUGACAACGCCCGUUGAUUUACAUUCUUGCUGGCAGAAAGAAAGGUCGAAGGCCAAGUUCUUCGUUUCAUAGAAAACUAAUUAGAGACUCCAUCGACACUGAAUCAAUAAAACUGAUCAGGUGAUUACACAGAGGGAACCAUUAAAAUCCCUGUGACCUUUGAUCCUGAGUCCCUAACCUGAGAAGGAGAGGCUUGGUUACAUUCUCUAGUGCCUUGGAGGGCAGAACCUGCAAAGUAAAGUUGGACUGGUCUGAAUUGGGAGGAAACAUGGACUCUGCCUGUCAUGGGCUUAUAUGCUACUGCUCUCUUGUAUCUCUAUUGGCCAAACCAUCUACAGGAAUGCUGCCAUAGUGUACUGAAAAAACAGUAGCUCAUGGAGGGGAAAAAGAACACCAUCUAAGCAAUCAUUUGAUUCUAAGAUACUGAUUCUAAACAUGUAUAAAGAACACGGAUUCAGUAUGUUCUUCAUACACUUGGUAAAGUUUCCAGUCAUCCAUUUAUCAUUGUUCUCCAAAUCAGAUCUCACAUAGCAAUCACAAAUGUUUGGAAAUUAUUCAUUGGCCCUUCAGUUUGUCUAUUUAAAAUUGAAUUAUUGCUUUUAAAAACCCUAUAGUUCUUGCCGUGGCUACAUACUACAUAUUGUUAUUUCUAAAACUAAUUCAAAAAUGUGUACAGGUAUGUGGACGUACAACUUUAGUGACCAUUUGAAGUUACAAUGGCACUGAAAAAGUAACAUAACGGUUAUCAUUGUCACAUGAUAAAAAUUCGGACACUGGGAAACUGGCAUGUAUUUAUGAAUUCUCUGGAGUCAUGGGAUGACCUUUUGUGACCCUCUGAAAAGCCAAGUCCAAUGGGGAAGCUGGAUUCCCUUAACAACUGUGUUACUAACUUAACAACUGCAGUGAGUCACUAAUGGUAGCAAGAACUGUUGUGAAAUGGUGCAAAACUCACUUAAGGACAGGCAUUUUGGCCUCGAUUGUGUUUGUAAGUAUAAACAGUAUCAAUGAUACUAUUAGCAGUAUGUAUAAUAUGAUGCUAUUUUUUCUUGUAUACUUUAGAUAGGGAAUUUGCUCUCCCAUUUCCUGUGGUCCCAGAACCAAUAUAUAUCCAUGUACAAAUUAUCCCUGGUUGUGCCAUGAGACAGAGAUGAGGUGUAAAUAUUUGCCAGCUCAAGAUUCUCAUUUCACACAAAAGCCCUUUAAUAAUUUCAUGUUUUUUAACUGUUGCCUGAUGGCUAGGCUUCAUACUAGUCUCUGGUCUCUUCCCACUACCUAUCGCUAUUCCCUUUCUUCAAGACCACAAGUCGGGAGCUGAAAGAAGAAGUCUGCUUACAGGAACCUGAAUAGUAAGAGAGUAUAGUACCUUUUCUCAUAGUUUCUCCUACUGAAGAACUAAGGAAAUGAUACCAAUCCCUGAACGCUAAGUAGUUAUAAAGAAGUACUGUGAGUGCAAAUAUAUUUGAUAAUGAAGCUAGAUCUAUGCAGAACUGCCAGCCAUUUUGUAUUUAAAGAGGCUUAGAAGGAGGUGGCAAUACAACCCAAUAGAAGAUACUGUAGCUGGCAAGGUCACGCCCACACCCUUGCAGCACAUAAGAGCAAAGUUCCUUUCCCCCAAACUUUAUUCAUGUGGCACAUUUACAGCAAGGAUGGGAGUAACGAGCCAAUGAAGAGGUCAGGUUGGAUUCAGCUGGAACAUCCACACACCAUGCAUUAUAUUGGGAAGGCCCAGUGCCUGUAUCGGCUCACACAGUCCGAUUGCUGCAUAAGCAGAGCCCUCUUGGUGUGGCUCCCAAGUUGAUGGCAGCUGGAGCCUAUGCCCCUGGGGGUCCAUUCAGCAAGGGCCAGGGAAGGCUAUUCUGUCAGGAAAAACACUGAGCUAGGAGAAGGAGGAAGUAGUUGAUCUUCCUCCCUUUAUACUGAUGCAGGGCAUUGGGAACUGGAGUAGGCCAUACCUCUCAGGCAACACACUGGUUUCAGCCAUUUUGAAAAGGGAAAUUAGUCAGAUUGUAAAGGGAAAAGAACAGAGAUUUCAUUGUUGUGCUGAUUGCUACAGUGUACUAAGGCUAGGAAUACAACUCCUUGGCUGGACAAGCAGUAUAUCGGGCAUGUCCACUGCCCGCAAUGGACUGCAUACUACAUGAUGGUCAUGUGCAAGCACAAAAACACACUUAAAUAGGGCCCCUGACAUUCUGAGGAUGCACCAACAAGAGACCUGGGUGCAAGAAGUGCUGCACGUCAGAUGAGCAUCAGCCAGGAUGCUCUAGCAUGUAUAUAGCCCCUGCUGAAUGAAAUCCCAGGGAUAUAGGUGGCUUUUGGUGGGCAUGGAAUACAGGCACUUCACCUUGAACAGAAAGAGCCGAGCUUCCUUAAUCACAUACAGGAGGAACCAGGGAUGGGGCUUAGUGUUUAUUGAAAUCAGAAAGGGAACGAGCAGAAGGCUGCUGCCGAAAGGGGACUGUCUGGAUGCUGCUCAGUCAAUAGUUAGCCAACACCAGGAGACACAGUAACAGAUUCACACAGGAGAAGAGGGGCUUGACCGCAGCUCUUGA